AUGUCGACUUUGACACCUCCCGAAGACCAACCUACCAGAGCCCGCAGCAAAUCCAUCGCACCAAAUCAGCUCCAAACUGCUACACACCUCCUGGGUGGAACUGGCAAUAACACAUUGCAAGUCUCAUCGCCUCCAAGAUCCAAAUCGAUGCUCGAUCUUUCAACUCCAGAACCAGAAACCACAGCAGAGAAUAGCACGACCAAUCCUCACUCACUUCUCAUUAUGCAGUUCAAGAACAAACACGGAAGUAAAGAUGGACGUACGGAUUCUCAAGAAUCUCUGAAUAAGCCUGGAGGGUAA